AUGCACAGGAGAUGCAGUGAUCAACAACAAGAGCAUUUUUGCCCAAAAGAAAAGUCAUUUCUCAAUACCAUUAUAACACCAUAUAUACGAAUGAGACAAUUGCAACAAACUAAUAACAAUAAUAAUAAUAACAAUAUUGGUGAAGGACUCUUUCAACAAUUAUCCUCACCAACACACUCCCAACAACACCAGCAAGCUGGCACUGCUACCAACAAUUCAUCGACGCUGUCAGAGCUUUUAGGUAACGGUAUCAUUUCUCCACAUGGUUUAUUCAUGACUCCUAAUACUCAAGAUUCGCUUAAUUCUCUCCUCCAACAAAAUUCAAAUAAUAAUCAAAAUACUCUCAAUCAUUCACAAUCACAACAAUCCUUGAAUUCUAACAUGUGUCUCGACACGAAUAACAUUUCCAUUGAAAAAUUACUACAGCAAGUUGAAAUGCUUAAUCAUCAAUCGAAUAUUGUUGCUCCUCUCCCACCUAACAUGAACUGUUCCAACAAUAACCAGUCUCAUCUUCAACACACCCAACAAGUUACCAUCAAUAUGGAUACAAACUCUGUAAACUCUACAUGGAAGAUGAAUGGUAUUCCCUCUCCUUCCGACACCUCCCCUAACAAUUUCAAUCAAACUAACCUUCAACUGUUACAAAUGUUCUCUCAACAAAAUCAAAUUCCACAGCAACCAUCCUCCAAUGUAAAUAUUGGCAUGAUAGAUAGUAACUUAUCUGAAACUUCAAUUCUUCAAUUGCUACAAUCUAGUCUUAAUAACCAAAGAAUGGUCUCGAAAAAUCAACCCAUCAUGCUUAAUGGAAGUGUAAACCCACAACAACAAGUUGUAUUUGGAUCCAUGAACAACCACCCAACAUCAUCAUCGUCGGAUGUAUUCUCAUCAUCUCCUCAUCAUCAUCAAGCGUCCAUUAUCAUUAAUCCGAAUGAUUUCUCAGCACUAAUUUCACAUUCACCUCAACAUGCCUUAAAUACCUCCUCUCACCAAAUGCAAGAUUUACUAAAACCAGUAGAUUUGUGCGCAUCUAACGAUGAACAAGUUCAUUCACACUCGUUUACUUCAAACUCAAUGAUGGAAACCUCAACACUUCAACAAGGUUCAGUAGAGGAAAUGCUUGGAGAAACUUCAAAAUCUGCAUUCAUGAAUGUGAUGAAUGAAACAUUCACAAGUGAAAUGAUAGAUGAGGAUAAACCACAAAAGGGAGGAAAAAAGAAACGAACUAAAAAAGUUACCAAAGCACCCUCAACAAAUAAGAAACCAACAAAGAAAUCCAAAAAGAAUGUUCAAGAAAUUUCAAUAUUAGUCCCUCAGCAACAUGUCCAAUAUGCUGAUACAUCUCCAUCAGCUAUUCUAUCCAUCUCUCCAAAUUCUAAUAGUAAUAAUACCAAUUCAAAUGGAACAUCAACACCUCAAAAUGGUGAUGCAUCAGAAAAGAAGAAUGAAAAAUUUAGUAGACCCUUAUUGAAGAACGAGACUGUACUGUGUGAAAAUAACAAGUUUAAGAAUAAUUACUUUGUAUUCUCUGGAACACCUACAGGUGCAGGAUCAAGGAAGAAAACAGCAAGGACUCAUUCAAUAUCAGUUCAUCCAUCUAGUGUAAGUCAAAAUGGAACUGACCUCUUAUCUCCAGCAGGACUUGCAACACCAACUAGUAGUUGUGGAGGUUCAUUUGCUGAUAAUUCCAGUCAAGCAACAAUUCAAGAAAAUAACGACUCUAUUGGAAGUCCAUCACCACAAAGUGAAAAUAGGUGGGCGAGCUUUGUGACAACUCUCUCGGAAGGGGACAGGCACAGUCUUAUGCAGGCGCUCCUUGAAGCAAUGGUGAAGAAAUAA